GUGUGUUCCUGCGCAGCUGCCUGUUCCUGAGCCGUGUGUGUGAAGAGAGAGAGGGAGAGAGGGGGACGGAAGAGAGUGUUUGGAACAGCAGAGCGGCUCUGGGCUGAAUUCAGCCAUGUCAGAUUUUAUCGACACCAAACAAACAAUGAGAAACUGAGGAACUAUGGCUAUGUCACUGAGUGCGGAUGAUGAGGAUUACGAUUCAGAAUCUGAACAGCAACGGGCAGCCAAUCGGCCAAAGCCCAAGAUGGGGACGCCAGCUGCCGUCAAGUUGCCGUCCAAUCGCAGCUCGUCCGGUGCGAGGCGCCGGCGGACACGCUGUCGGAAGUGCGAGGCAUGCCUGAGGACCGAAUGCGGCGAGUGUCACUUCUGCAAAGACAUGAAGAAGUUUGGAGGUCCGGGUCGCAUGAAGCAGUCAUGUAUCAUGAGGCAGUGCAUCGCGCCGGUUCUUCCCCACACGGCCGUGUGUGUGGUGUGUGGAGAGGCAGGCAAGGAGGACACACAGGAGGAAGAAGAGGACAAGUUCAAUGUCAUGCUCAUGGAGUGCUCCAUCUGCAAUGAGAUAGUUCAUCCCAACUGUCUCAAGGUUAAAGAUACUUCGGGCGUGGUGAACGAAGAGCUCCCUAACUGUUGGGAGUGUCCCAAAUGCAAUUAUGCCGGGAAAACAACUGGAAAACUGCUGGUCCGACGACCUCCCUUCCGAUAGGCAAAAGGUAUAAAGUUGUCUUGCCCCUUUUUCUCCUUUUGGUCUGCAAGCAAAAAAGAGGUCCAGGGUUCAAGUACGCCUCCAACCUCCCAGGCUCCCUGCUGAGGGAGCAGAAGGCCGCCAAGGAGGAGGCGGACGCGGGGGGCUCGGUCCGGAGGCGGGAGGAGACCCCCAGGCACCGUCUGGAGGAACCCGUCGGCCGUCAGCCGCCUCUCCUGUCGCCCAGCUGCUUGCCUCGGCCCCGACUGGAGGACAAACUAAGGAAGAAGAGGAAGCUGUUCGACGACGACGAGGAAGAGGACCUCGGCGUGAGGAAGAAGGGCAAGUCAGCUGAUCCUCUCUUCCCCAAACUUCUCCAUCAAAUCAAGACGGAGGAAGAGGACCAAGAGGAGGAGGAGGAAGAGGAGGAGGAGGAUGAGGAGGAGCGGGAACCUUUCUACCGGCGUGUCCUCGAAAGGGACGAGGCCGACGACGAAGAGGACACCAAGGCCGACCUGCCGAGUCCCCACCUCAAGACGCCUUUCCUGGACAGCGACCAGUCGCACUGCAGCUCUCCCCGGGCGGGGCCCAGUAGCGAGGGAGGCAGCGAGACCCAGGAGAAGGGCCCGCGGCCCAAAGCCCGGCGCAAGCGCCGCAUUCCCAACAAGGAGCUGAGCAAGGAGCUGAGCAAAGCCCUCAACCAGGAGAUCCAGAAGACCGAGGAGUCCCUGGCCAAUGAGAACCGCCAGCCCCUCAAGGAGGAGCCAGAGAGCGAGAACGAGGAGCCCAAGAGGCCCUUCCGGAACGGCGGCGGCGACCUGGGAGGAGAGCGGCCCCACCUCAGGACCAGGGAGAUGAACGGGACCCCCUGGGAGCUGCGCCACUUCUACCCCAGUCAGAUCACCCCUCUGGGCUUCAACAGGAGCUCCCCCGCCACCCGGCCCCUGCCCCCGCGCUCCCCGCCCAAGUGUGUCCAAAUGGAGAGACACGUCAUCCGCCCGCCCCCCAUCAGCCCCCCUCCGGACAGGCUGCCCCUCACGGACGGCAAGACCCACGCCAUGCAGCGGGAGGUUUGGAUGAAGAUCUUCGGGUACCUCCCUCACAAGGAGCUGUGUGUCAACAUGCGGGUCUGCAAGACCUGGAACAGAUGGUGCUGUGACAAGAGGCUGUGGACCCGGAUCGACCUGAAUCGCUGUAAGGCCAUCUCUCCGCUCAUGCUCAGUGGCAUCAUCCGCAGACAGCCCAUCUCUCUGGAUCUCAGCUGGACCAACAUCUCCAAGAAACAGCUCAGCUGGCUCAUCAACCGAUUACCAGGUCUGAGGGUGCUGCUGCUGUCGGGCUGCUCCUGGGUGGCCGUGUCGGCCCUGUGCACCUCCAGCUGCCCUCCGCUCCGCACCCUGGACGUCCAGUGGGUGGAGGGGCUCAAAGACGCCCAGAUGAGAGACCUGCUUUCCCCCCCGACAGACAACAGACCAGGUCAGAUGGACAACCGCUGUAAGCUGAGGAACAUAGUGGACCUGCGUCUGGCUGGCCUGGACAUCACAGACGCGUCUCUGCGUCUCAUCAUCCGACACAUGCCUUCGCUCUCCAGCCUGGACCUCAGCUACUGUAACCACGUCAACGACCAGUCGGUCAACCUGCUGACGGCGGCGGGAACCACCACCAGAGACUCCCUCACGUCAGUCAACCUGUCAGUGUGUAACAGGGUGACAGACCACUCCCUCACCUUUUUCAAGCGCUGCGGAAGCAUCUGUCAAAUAGACCUCCGCUACUGCAAACAGGUGACCAAGACAGCCUGCGAACGCUUCAUAGCAGAGAUGUCUGUGAGUGUGCAGUUCGGACUGAAGGAAGACAAAUUGCUGCAGAAGCUCAGCUAGUUUUCUAGGAGAACUAGGGCUGUGGUCCAAAUGUACACGCAAACAAAAGACUAACUAAAUGCACUAAAUGGAGCAACAAGGUUUCCCCACUGAACCUGGUUGGUUUUGUACAUUUUAUUUCAUCUUCUGUGUUAAGAUUCCUGAAUCCUCACUGUCAGAGGAGAAGCAGUGUCUUGCACAUGUUCUUUGUUCUUGUCAUUGGUGUCUUUAUGGAUAUUACCGCACCCUAACACACUCAAAGUGGAGUCUUUGUACAAAGGGGUAGGAUGUAUAACUCCAGGAGAAAAGGUGUCGAGGGAAGUCAAAGCAUGAGUGUUUUUGUGCUGUUUAGAUUGUACCUUUAUAAUGGUUUGUGGUUUUGUUGAAUUGACUUUGUUUGGCUGUGUAUUUCUACCUGUUAGAAAUGUGUUAAAUGUAAAAAUAUAUAUUUUUUAUACAACCAUCAUUUACACAUCUGGCAAUAAGUAAAAAUAUUUUGAAUAAUUUAAUGUUUGCAGUUCCACACACUCCCACAUACAGUUUGUUGAAUGGUUCUCAGAUAUCUCUAAGAACUGGAUAGUGCUCUUAUAAAGUCUGCUUUGACCCGGGUGUUUAUUUAGAAUGCUGUGGUUUCCAUGACACGUGCCAAAGGGACUGACUUUGGCUUGAUUUACUUUAUUAAAAUAUGAACAUUUGAUAUAAUUGUCAUAAAUGUGUAAAUGAAAUAUGUGGUCAAUAAAUGACUAAAAUAUGA